CGGGUCGGCGGUCCAUCAAAGCAUCCUUCAGGCGGAAGUAGACGUAGGGAUUUUUUUUUUUUUUGGAAGUACUUUGACUUGCGCACUAGCUGCCAGGGUGUAGUCGGAUACAGUUCCUUUUCUCCAAAAGUUUUUUUUCCCAUGACUGUGGUUACAAAGCAGUAAUAAAGUGAAGGUUUGCAAGAGAGAAGUCGCGAGGAGAUUAAGCCACAACUAUCGCUUUUUGGAGGUGAAGCGAUUACCACCAUUUUCCGCAUGAGUUUAUUUACAAAACCACAAACUCGGUAGCUGGCGAGUUACUGCAAACUUUUUAAAGACUGCGAGGAUUUAAGGGAUCAAGACAGUGACGGUAGCUACUUGAGGUCGCAUAAACAAAAGGACACAAUGUCGCUUUUUAGCUGUUUGUUAUUAUGGACUUUGUGGGCAGCGUGCAGUCACGGAGCGAUGGAUGAAUGCAUAGACGAGUUCAAUCGGCCUCAGCGCUGCAUGCCAGAGUUUGUUAACGCCGCUUUCAAUGUAACCGUAGUGGCCACCAACACUUGCGGCUCGCCGCCUGAAGAGUACUGUGUACAGACCGGGGUAACGGGAGUCACAAAAUCAUGCCACAUUUGCGACGCCGGAGACCCCAGACACCACCACGGCUCUGUUUAUCUCACCGAUUACAACAACCAAGCGGAUACCACCUGGUGGCAAAGUCAGACUAUGUUAGCGGGCAUCCAGUACCCAAACUCCAUCAACCUGACCCUUCACCUGGGCAAGGCUUUCGACAUCACCUAUGUGCGUCUGAAGUUUCACACCAGCCGUCCUGAGAGCUUUACCAUCUACAAGCGCACUAGUGAAGACGGGCCCUGGAUUCCCUACCAGUACUACAGCGGCUCCUGCGAGAAGACCUACAGCAAGAUCAACCGCGGCUUCAUCCACACUGGUGAGGACGAGCAGCAGGCUGUGUGCACAGACGAGUUUAGCGACAUCUCACCUCUCACUGGAGGAAACGUGGCCUUCUCAACACUCGAGGGCCGACCCAGCGCAUAUAACUUUGACAACAGCCCUGUACUGCAGGAUUGGGUGACUGCCACGGACAUCAGAGUGACCCUGAACAGAUUAAACACUUUCGGAGAUGAAGUUUUCAACGAUCCCAAAGUUCUCAAAUCCUACUACUACGCUAUCUCUGACUUCGCUGUGGGAGGAAGGUGCAAGUGUAACGGCCAUGCCAGCGAGUGUGUGAAGAACGAGCGCAGCAAGCUGGUGUGUAACUGCAAACACAACACAGAGGGACCAGAUUGCAACGUGUGUAAGCCCUUCUACAAUGACCGUCCCUGGAGGAGAGCCGCCGCUGACAACCCCAACGAGUGUCUGCCUUGUAACUGUAAUGGAAAGAGUGGCGAAUGUUACUUCGAUCCUGAGCUGUAUCGUGCCACUGGUCAUGGAGGUCACUGCCGCAAUUGUGCUGACAAUACGGAUGGGCCGAACUGCGAGCGAUGCCUGGAUAACUACUACAGAGACCCCUCUGGCCAGCGCUGUCUCUCCUGCAGCUGCAACCCUGUUGGUUCUCUCAGUACCCAGUGUGACAACACUGGCAGAUGUAGCUGUAAGCCGGGAGUGAUUGGAGAUAAGUGUGACAGAUGCCAGCCUGGGUACCACACACUGACUGCGGCAGGCUGCAGACCCUGCUCUUGUAAUCCAGCCGGAAGCACGCAGGAGUGUGAUGUCCAGACCGGACGCUGCCAGUGCAAGGAAAAUGUGGAUGGAUUCAACUGUGACAGGUGUAAACUGGGCUACUUUAAUCUGGACCUCCAGAAUCCCCAGGGAUGUACUCCAUGCUUCUGCUUCCAGCAUUCCACUGUGUGUGAAAGUGCCGAUGGCUACCACAUACACAAAAUCACCUCUAACUUCGACAGGGAUGAAGAGGGCUGGAAGGGACAGCAGAGAGACAGCUCUAGCGUUCCCGUGCAGUGGUCACCCACCUCUCGAGAAAUCUCACUCAUCUCAGAAGACUACUUCCCUAUCUACUUUGUGGCUCCAGAGACAUUUCUUGGUAAUCAGCUGCUGAGCUAUGGUCAGAACCUCACGCUGAACUUCAGGAUUCAGCGACAUGAUGCUCGACUCUCAGCGGAGGACGUUGUGCUGGAAGGGGCUGGGCAUCGUGUUGCUGUGCCACUUAUUGCCCAGGGCAAUUCCUACCCAGGAGAGGAGACACAAACCUUUGUGUUUAGACUCCAUGACACAACUGACUAUCCUUGGAGACCCACCACAAAAUAUGCCGACUUCCAGAAACUUCUGUAUAAUCUGACUUCAGUUAUGAUUCGUGGAACCUACAGUGCAAGAAGUGCUGGUUAUUUAGACAACGUGUCCCUCGUGACUGCCCGCCGUGGCCCUGGAACUCCUGCUCGUUGGGUUGAGAAGUGUAUGUGUCCUCAGGGUUACUUGGGGCAGCAUUGUGAGCAGUGCGAUCUGGGAUAUAGGAGGAGCCAACCUGAGCUGGGCCGCUUUAGCAGUUGCGAGUCCUGCAACUGCAACGGACACAGUGACACUUGCGACCCUGUGACAGGAAUGUGUAACUGCCAGCACAACACCGCCGGCAUGAGCUGCGAGAGGUGUAAAGAUGGGUUCUAUGGGGACUCUACAGUCGGCUCAUCUUCAGACUGUAAACCCUGUCCCUGCCCCGCAGGUGCCACGUGUGCCGUGGUGCCCAGGACCAAAGAGGUGGUCUGUACAAACUGCCCAACUGGAACCACAGGUAAGAGAUGUGAACUAUGUGAUGAUGGCUUCUUCGGGGACCCUCUUGGUGAAAAUGGUCCAGUCAGGGCAUGCCGUGCCUGCAGCUGCAAUAACAACAUUGACCCCAACGCUGUGGGCAACUGCAACCGAGAGUCGGGCGAAUGCCUCAAGUGCAUUUACAACACUGCCGGCGUCUUCUGUGACCGUUGCAAAGAGGGUUUCUACGGUGAUGCCCGUGCCGCAAAUGUAGCUGACAAAUGCAAACCAUGCUCGUGCUCUCGGUACGGUACAGUGGACAGGAAGACGACCUGCUCUCAGGUGACGGGUCAGUGUCAGUGUCUUCCCCAUGUCAUUAACAGAGACUGCAGUGCAUGUGAGCCUGGUUUCUACAACCUACAGAGCGGCAAGGGCUGUGAACGAUGCAACUGCAACUCUAUUGGCUCCACAAACGGUCAGUGUGAUAUCGUUAGCGGCCAAUGCGAGUGUCAGCCUGGGGUCACAGGUCAACACUGUGAGCGCUGUGAGGUCAACUUCUUUGGAUUCAGUUCAUCGGGUUGCAAACCUUGUGACUGUGACCCAGAAGGCUCAGAGUCUGCUCAGUGCAAGGAAGACGGGCGUUGUCAGUGUCUCCCAGGCUUUGUGGGAGCUCGCUGUGACAUGUGUGAGGAGAACUACUUCUACAACCGCUCCACACCAGGCUGCCAGCAGUGUCCCAACUGUUACAGCCUGGUCAGAGACAAGGUGAACCAGCAGAGACAGAAGCUUCAUGACUUACAGAAUUUGAUUGAUAAUCUGGACAGCACUGAGAAUACAGUGAGUGACAAGGCCUUUGAGGACAGACUGAAGGAGGCAGAGAAAACUAUAAUGGACUUACUGGAAGAGGCUCAGGCUAGCAAAGAAGUGGAUAAAGGCCUUUUGGACCGUCUAAACAACAUCAACAAGACCCUGAACAACCAGUGGAACCGAUUGCAGAACAUCAAGAACACAGUGGACAACACAGGAACGCAGGCAGAUCGAGCACGUAACCGAGUCCGUGAUGCAGAGAACCUGAUCAGCACUGCUAGAGAGGAGCUGGACAAAGCCAAGGAGGCCAUCAGUAAAGUGGACAUUAAAAUACCCACAACCUCUGGAGAUCCAAACAAUAUGACACUUCUGGCAGAGGAAGCCCGCAAACUGUCCGAAAAACAUAAAGCAGAUGCAGAUCAGAUUGAGAAGAUCGCGAAGGACGCCAAUGACACAUCCACUAAAGCCUAUAAUAUGCUAAAGAAGGCGCUCGACGGCGAGAACAAAACAAGCAGCGACAUCGAUGAACUCAACAGGAAAUAUGUUGAAGCAAAGGAUCUGGCCAAGAACCUGGAGAAACAGGCUGCUAAAGUACAAGCUGAAGCAGAAGAGGCAGGAAACAAAGCUCUGAAGAUCUACGCUAACCUGACCAGCUUGCCCCCAAUCGACACCAAAACAUUAGAGGAUGAGGCCAAUAAGAUAAAGAAGGAGGCAUCAGACCUGGACAAACUGAUAGACAAGACUGAGAAGGAGUACAACGACCUGAGAGAGGACCUGAGGGGCAAAGAGACAGAAGUCCGCAAACUACUGGAAAAAGGAAAGACUGAGCAACAGUUUUUAAAAUACAGUCAUGACUUUGACAAGAGAGUGAAUGACAACAAAACUGCUGCUGAGGAUGCCAUGAGGCGAAUCCCAGAAAUCAACGCGACAAUCAAUGAAGCCAAUGAGAAGACCCGGCGGGCCGAGGCGGCUUUAGGCAACGCAGCUGCUGAUGCUAAAGAAGCCAAGGAAAAGGCAGAGGAAGCUGAUAAAAUCGCUAAUGAUGUGCAGAAGGGUUCGGCAAAGACAAAGGUAGAUGCAGAAAAAGCUUUUGAAGACACCAUGAAACUGGAUGGAGAGGUGAACAACAUGAUGGACCAGCUCACAGCUGCUGAGAAAGAGCUGGAGAAGAAGAAAGCUGAGGCGGACGCUGACAUGAUGAUGGCGGCCAUGGCUUCUGAUAAUGCUAAAGAAGCUGAGGGCAAUGCCAGAAAAGCCAAAAAUGCUGUUAGGACAGUGCUGAACACGAUCAAUGAAUUAUUAGGCCAGCUUGGCAACAUCGAUAAGGUGGAUCUGAGCAAGCUGAAUCAGAUCGAUAGCGCUCUAAAAGACGCCAAGGACAAGAUGGCAGGAAGUGAGCUGGACAGGAAGCUGAAGGAGCUGAACGACAUCGCCAAGAGCCAGGAGGACAUGAUCAGCGACUACGACCGUCAGAUCCGAGAGAUUCGAGCGGACAUCGCUAACCUCAACGACAUCAAGAACACUCUGCCAGUAGGCUGCUUCAACACUCCGUCUCUGGAGCGGCCUUGACCUCUCCCUGUGUUCUUCAACAUCCCUCUCCAUCCCCUCGUCCGUGCCACCAAAACAGCCUUUGUUUUGUUUCGAAAUCUUUUACUCGCAUUUGAUUUCCUUUUAUUGGGUUAUUGUUUGUUUGUAUUUCUACACGUUUCUUUGAAAUCAUGUUUUACAAACAGAAGACAAAAGCUUUGAAUUUUUGAUAUGCAGAAAUGCUACAUGAAGAGAACUCCAAGUAACGGCCGUGUUUUUGUGUGUGUGUGUGUGUGUUUGUGCAUAUUUGUGUGUGUGUGUGUGAGCUGUUAGAGGCCUCGAGUUGAACCCACAUGACUGCACCACCUCCAGCUCUCCCUCGCCAACCUCUGCUCUUUACAAUCCAAUCAGAAUUCCCACCUAAUCAGAAGCCAAGACGUUUGUUUGAGGAAGUUUGCUACUUAAGCUAGUGUAUAUCAUCAUCGGUAAUGCUAUUCGCUCAAAGCUAACAGUGAAGGAAUCUUAAUUUGUUCGUGAUGCGCAUCUUCUUUCGCCCCUCGUGCUAGAUUUGGUACCGAGAGCGAGUCGAACACGUAAAUACAGUAUUUCAGUUCAUGUGUAUAUAAAUAGUUCAGUACUAAAAGUUGAGAACAUCUCUGCGUGGCUCAGCUGACUUUAUACAUUUCAUGGUUGCCAGAUAUUUCAGUUUUGUGUUUAUUUUGAUUUUUCAGACGCUGCUGCUUAUUACUGGUGUCCUGCAAAACACAUUAACACGAGCAAAACUCAACACUAUGCAACUUUGUACAUUGGCGUAGCAAGACUUGUAUCUGAUACACUGGUGCUAAUAAUUAUUUCAAAUGUUAUAUUUUUGUGUGAAUGUUUUUUUUUUUUCUUCUUUUUUUUUUAUUAUAAUAUAGAGUUGAGGAACUGUUGUUUGUGUAAAUAUGCUUAAAUGAUUCAGGAACGGCUGAUUUUUAAACCCAAGACCCAACCAGCCACCUCAUUGGUUCA